AUGGGUCUUUCAGGGACGAAGAACCGCCGGAAGUUGAACGAGGACCCGAACAACACGAAAUGGAGCAGGAAUGAGGCCACCUUCGGCCAGAAGAUCCUCAGAGCCCAUGGCUGGGAGCCGGGCCAGUAUCUAGGAGCGCAGGACUCAUCCCACGCCGAAUUGCACUCUGCUGCGAGUUCCGCCCCCAUCAAGGUCACUCUCAAGGACGACACCCGCGGCCUCGGCGCCAAGGUCCGCCACAAGCAAGGCGACGUAUGCACAGGCUUGGACGUCUUCAAGGACCUGCUGGGGCGACUGAACGGCAAGUCGGACGAGACUAUCAAGCAGGAGCAGGCCGUACGAUCAGAGCUGAAGACAAGCAUUUACAUUGAACGGAAAUGGGGCCCCAUGCGCUUCGUGAAGGGUGGGUUGCUGGUUGGUGACCAGAUUACCGACUUGAUCAAGCAGAGCACAGAGACCAAUGCGCCGGUCAAAACGGAGGAAACCGAGAGCGCCGUGGACUCGAAGAGCGAUAAGAAGAAGUCCAAGAAGAGGAAGGCCGAGGACAGCGACAUCCUGGACGAUGCUGAGACGGACCGCAAGGACAAGAAAAAGAAGAAGCGCUCCAAGGACGAGUCUUCCACCCCCGGAGAAUCCACUUCUGACUCGGAGAAGAAGCGAAGGAAGAAGGAAAAGAAGGAAAGGAAAGCCAGAAAGGCAGAGCUGGAGAACGCAGAUGGUGCCAGCGAUGUCAAGCCCAAGAGCAAGAAGGACAAGAAGCGGAAAGAGAGCAAGAGAAGCGACGCUCCUGUGGACGACUCUGACCAGUCCGACGUAGCUGCCGUCGAAGACUCCGAAAGAGCGAAGAAAAAGAAGAAGCGCAAGCCUUCGGAGGCUUCAGCAGAGAGCGCAAGCGAAGCUGUGGGCGACUCGGUUGUGGACAGCGGCACUUCCACGCCAGUCAGCACAGGAACCUCAACUCCCCAGCCGUUCAACCGUCGUCUGGUCCGUUCUCGCUUCAUUGCAUCGAAACAGAUGGCCAUGUCAGACAUGACAGCAUUGAACCAGAUUUUGUACGUGAAACCGGUCUAG